GGGACAGUUGAAAAAAAUCUGAGUGCCCCAGCCUAAUCCCUCCCUUCACAGACCAUUGCUCUACAUAAUUGGAUAAUGCAGGGGCCCAGGGUCAUUAGGUGCUAUACUAGGGGGUCCUCCUGACAGCUGCUGAGAUGUUCCUGAUUGGCUGCCCUGUUCUUCUGUUCCAGUCUACACUGUAGCAAGUCCCUCCAGGCCUCAGUUUUCAAUAGACACCACUUUGCUGACCUGCUUGGUACAUAGGCUUCCUCAUAAACAUGCAACUCUUUCUGGCCCUGUGCCUUUAUACUGUGGCCCUAUGUGUAGCUCCUCCUCCUCCUCCUCCUGAGACUGGCAGGCGCAGAGCAGAGAAGCCUGGAGAGAGUGUCUCUUAUGAGAAUCUGGACCUGGAUAAUUAUGACCUGAACCUGGAGAAUAAUUAUAAUUAUGAGGAUUUGUACGACUACACUGAAUCUUUGCCCAAGUUUGAAGUUGGUACCUUGGCUCCUCUGGGUAAGAAAUCAGAAACAUUAAUGCCCACCCAGAAACUCCUGAUAACCACUCAGCCACCUGUCACUACAAAACAACCAGAAACUGGGCUAUUUGGGUCCAUGACAGAACAGGGUCUCCCCACCUGUUUGGUGUGUGUCUGCCUCGGGUCUUCUACAUACUGUGAUGAUACAGACUGCAGACGUUACCUUCCUCUUCCCAAAGAUACAGUAUAUCUGUACGCUCGCUUCAACAAAAUCACACAUGUGCGCACCAAAGACUUUGCAGGAUUGGAUAAGCUGAAGUAUGUGGACCUCUCUAGCAAUACUCUGUCUCAGAUUGACAGUGAUGCCUUCAGUAAUUUACCAGCCCUCCAGGAGCUCAUCCUUUCUAAAAAUGAGCUGACUGUUUUGCCUGGGAUGCCUCUGACCCUCAUCAAACUGGAUGCCAGACAGAAUCAGCUGAAAGGUUAUGGAUUUCAGACAGAAGAUCUUAAGGACCUCAGCAAGCUGAAAUAUUUGUAUCUCUCAGACAACAAAUUGGAUUACAUUCCUGUACCACUACCUCUUAGUCUGCGCUCUCUGCACCUCCAGAAUAACAAUGUUCAGAUAAUGAACAAGGAAACGUUCUGUGACAGCCAGGAUCGCACCUUUAUUCGGCGGACACUAGAAGAUAUACGCCUGGAUGGAAAUCCCAUAAUCCUCAGCAACUUUGCUGAGAGCUUCUUCUGUCUUCCCCGUCUUCCUAUUGGUCAAUAUUAAUGAUCAGCAUAAUUAUCUCUUGCUAUCAGCUAUCUUGAAAUUAAUUAUACAGCCUGAUAAUGAGGUCACUGAAUACAGUUUAUGGGGUUUCCAUUGCUUUGCUUUUGAAUUACCCACCACACACAAUGGGCUAGAUUAUGAAUGGAGCGCAAUAUCCCGCUUACGCUGGUAUUACAAGUGUGGCGCAAUGCGAAUGCAACCUCGCAUUCGCAUUGUCCAGAAACCAAGUGCUCACGCAGCGUUGGGCAGCAAUAAAUAAAUAAAUAUAUACAGGUAUGUAUAUGCUUAUAAACAUAUUGAUUUAUGUGUUUAUAUGUGUAUAUACACAUAUAAACACAUACAAAAUCUAUGUAUAUAAGCAUAUACAUACUGUAUAUAUUUAUAGUGAAAACACAGUUCCCCAUUGACCUCUAUGUAAAGGCACUUUAGGUGUCGUUUUUAUUCAAACACAGCACAUUCUCUAACUUUAACCUCUUAUAACUGCUUUGUGCAGAUUUUUUUUUUUAUUUUUUUUUUUAAAAAAAGAUGCUCAUAUUUAUUUUUUAUUAAGGGGCAAUUGGGCAACUUUUUAUAUUUAACCAGAGGUCUGAUCUCUGGUUAAUUGCGCUUAACGCAAAGUGAAACCGCAAGCUUGAGCGAGCAUUAACCAGCCACUUGUAAUGGCUGGUUAUUUAACGUGCGCUCGUAAAUGAGCAAAUUUGUCCCUUUAUAGGAGCACAUUAAAAUAGCGCUCCACUUGUAAUCUGGCCCAAUAUGAAUUGUAAGACUAUAAAAUUAAAAAAAAUAACAUAUUGUUAUGUGGGUUUAUACCUUCAUUUUAAUGUAAACUGCACGCUGCAGACUUAGCCUUUGUUAGAUUAAAGGGUAUAGGACAAAGGAUUUUAUUUUUUUGUAAGAUAUCUGUUCUAUUAAACAAAAUGUGUGAAUGAACUAAUCAUUUUUGCAGUGGCCUUUAAUAAAAGAGAUGACAAAA